AUGGCCAGUCCGACGACCGACGGUUACGGCGGUCAGUCGUUACAGCUACCGUCUCGUCAGAUGCGGGCCAUAGACGAUGACCGCUACCAGCGUCGGCUCGACUUCGGAAAAACAGCGCUUGUCACCGCUACGAUUGCCACAUACGCGAUCCAGAUCUAA